AUGUCGCUCAACAAAGAUGUACUGUUCCUAAUAUUUAAAGAAUUAAACAAAAAAUCUCUCUAUUUAUGUCUUUUUGUUAACAGAAUUUGGUGUAAUACAGCAGUACCAAUUUUAUGGAGGAAGCCUAAUCCUUUUAAUAAAUCAAUAGAUAUACUUUUUAAUAUAUUACUUUUAAGCCUAUCAGAAGAAUCAAGAAAUACUUUGAAGAAUCAUGGAAUUAAUCUUAUUAAAGAAACAUAUAAACGACCUUUAUUUAAUUAUAUUAAUUUUUGGAAAUGUUUAGAUUUAUCAUUUAUUGAAAGAAUGAUUUUUCAGAUUGAAAAGUCCAAAAGAUCUAUUGUAAGAAACGAGAUAUUAAAGUUAUUCAUUAACGAUAAUACAAACUUCAUUGGACUUUCUAUUUCACAAAAUUUAGAUUAUCAAUUACAUCAUAUUUCUGGAUUUGAAUGUUGUUUUUCAAAACUUCAAUCUUUUUAUUGUAGUAGUUCUAUCGAUCAGAAUAUUUUAGAAAAGUUGGCUAAAACAUGUAAAUCGAUAAAAAAAUUAAAAUAUGAUAUUCAUGAUCCUAUUGAUUAUCAUGGAAUCAUUAAAUUAAUUGAAGUACAAAAUAAUUUAAAUGAUAUUCGUUUAUCUUGUUCAGAUCUCUCAAAUUUUGAAUUUCUGGAAAAAUCAUUAUAUUUUAUGAAUUUAUCAAAGUUGGAAAUUAGAUUUAACGAAACAAAUUUAAAUCGUUCAAUACGUAAGAAAUUUAAAUAUUUAGGAAAUUUAUCAUUAUCAUUCCCCAAUUUAAAAAUUCUAAAAGUUAGAAAUGUUCCAUUACGUAUUAUGAAAAAUGUAAUUGAAGGUACAAAAGGACAACUUUCCGAAAUUACUUUAGAUAGUUGUAAUGAAGAAUAUAUACGAAUAAUUUAUCAAAAUUGUCCAUAUCUUAAAUAUCUUAAGUUACCAUAUCUACCAUUUUAUAUUAGAACACCUAUCACAGAAUUUGAAAAUUUAUUAAUUAAUUGUCAAUAUUUAAAUGGAUUGGUUAUUUCUGGGGUCGAUAAUCAUGAUAAAUUAUUUGAAAUAAUUACUAGAUCAUCCCCAAUUACUUUGUUUAAGUUUGAUUUUUUUUCUUUUAGAAAGAUUAAUCUUAAAAAUAUUAAGUUAUUUUUUGAUAAUUUGAAAGAUAGGAAACCAAUAUUACUAAAAAUAAAUAACGCUAAUUAUUUAGAGAACACGGAAGAGAAACAGCAAUUUGAAAAUUUAGUCCAAGAAUAUAAAGCAAAAGGAAUAAUUAAAAGGUAUUUCAUUGGUCUUGAUGUAAAUAGUAAAGACUUUGAAUGGUUUGAUUAAAGAAAAUAUUUCUUUUAUGCAUAAAAUAAU